UGCAUGUGGCUUGAAACCUUUUUUUUAAUCAAAAGUUGCACACCAUUCACCUCCAUAAAGACUCUCUUUAAUUAGAACUGGUGAGUCUCUUGCUACAUGAGACUGUCAAACUUAUUUUCUUGUUUUUGUUUAUUAUAAGAAUGAGCAUGUAAAUUUUUAGCUGUAUUGUGUUGUGCUGAUCCUGCUUAUGUGCUAUAUAUUUUCUGCAGGGAACAUGCUACUCAAAGUGAAACUUGGUGAUGUCCAAAAAUUUGUUAGAAUAACAGAGCCAAAUCGGUCAGACUUUUUGAACGCAGCAUUUGCCAAAUUUGGUGUCCCAGCUGUAACAGAAGGUGUCAAAGUUGUUGACAGUUCAGGGACUGAGUUGGAUGAUGAUGUUUUUGAGGACAUAGUAAAGUAUCCUUCCACUGGGGUGCUAACCAUUAGAUAUGAAAGAGAAUUUGUCUCCAUGGUAGCCUCUCCUGAGUCCCAGCUAUCAUCUGUUCAUCGGACUCUGAUACAAUCAUCCUUCCAGACAGCCCUUCCAGAAAGCGUCAGAGGCUGGAUUCAGAAGCUCAGCAAAUACCGCCAUCCAUCAUGGAGCAACCGAUGAAGAGAAAACUGACUGAUGACACCCUGAACCCCAGGAGCAGCCCCGACGCCACAUCUCCACCCACAAAGAUGAGGCGAGUCUGUGAAGAAAAACCUUCACGUAAACGGUGCUACAGUGAGGCUUUCACUGACAUCUCCUCUGACUCUCCACCCACAAAGAUGAGGAGAGUCUGUGAAGAAAAACCUUCACAUGAACAGUGCUACAGUGAGGCUUUCACUGACAUCUCCUCUGACUUAAGUCCACCCAAGAAGAUGAGGAUCUCUGACACGGCGCUCCUCAGAAUAACCUCAGACUUCUCCUCCACAAAAAGACUGGUUGAAGUGGUUGAGACGCCGCCCAAAGUCUGGAUCAUCGGGUCCAGCUACAUCCGACGAGCGGAGGACGCGGCCCACGAAGAGUUCGGGCCCAAUCUGGGUCUGAAUGCCACAGUCCACUGGUUUGGCAAAGGAGGCCUGAGAUGGAACGGUGUUAUUCCCCGUUUCUACGCCGAGCUGGCCCAGCAGACUCCCCCUGACGUUUUAGUGGUUCACGCUGGAGGCAACGAUCUGGGACUGGUGUCUCCAGCGGAACAUGCCGCCAACAUAGAGGCUGAUCUGGUCCACCUGCACAAGGCCUUCCCCUCCAUGGCCAUCGUCUUCUCAGCCAUAAACGAGCGUAAAGCCUGGAGAUACGGGAAGCCUGUGAAGAUCAACGCUGACCGUAAGAUGGUCAACAGGUACCUGAAGAAGGCCGCUGGAAGCUUUGGUGGUCGAGUUGUUGAGCACCACUCCCUCAGACACUUUGAGAAGGUGUUUCUUCCAGAUGGGGUGCACUUUAACAAACGAGGAAACAGAAUCUUCUUGACCAAGAUCCGUAAUGAUGUCAGGGAGAUUCUGCAACAAGCGAUUUAGUUCUGUAGUUGUUUUGUUCUUUAUUUAGUUCUGUAGUUAUUUUGUUCUUUAUUUUGUUUUCA